UCACUCUCGCUCAUUUUGUCUUGCUCAUCUCGAUCUCGAAGCAGCAGCACCGAAUUCGUCUGACAUGGGCAGGGUGGGGCCGCUGCUUAGGUUGGCCGUUGUGGCCGCCCUGUGUGCAACUUUGGCCGCCGACAACAUUGACGAGGACCCGAAUCAGGAGGUUGAGAUUAUUGGCACCGAUGUGACCAUCGACAGGGGCAAUGGUGUCCCCGUGGAGGAGGGCAUCAACCUCCAGGGACAAGUGAACUACGACUACAGCAAUUAUGACUCUCUGAAAAGCAGAGUGGCGCCGCCGGACCCUCACAACUCAGGCGGAGUUCCAUUCAGGAUAACGGAACAAAGGUUGAAGGAAAUCAGGUCACAGUUCAUGUACUGGUACUUUGACCAGGGAGGCCCUGAGAACAGAGGCGAUUACCAGAAGGACAUCCACUCUUCCACGCCACAGAUUCACAAAAAUUUCAACUUCCAACUUCCCUUCUUCGGAUUCCGUUUCAACUACACAAGACUUUCAAUGCAUGGCUAUCUGGAGUUCAGCGACCCUCCUGAGCACUACACCUACCCAUUGACAUUCCCAGUGAAAGAGUGGCCGAAGAAAGCCGAUCCGUCCUUUAUUGGAAUUUUUUACAGCAAGUGCCGAAUCGGCUCGAUUCACCCAACUGACAUCGAUCAGCGCUCGCCCGGCGUUUACUUCCGCCUCGAAAGAGAUUUGCAGACGAGGACUGACCAGUUUGGCGUUGAGAUGAGGGAGCGCCUCAUGUGGGACAUUCGCGAGGGUGUGGUCGGCUCGGACACUUUCAUCCCCAAGCAUGCUGUCAUCGUGACGUGGAAGAACAUGAGUUUUGCAGGCGGCAUUGACAACUCUCUUUACAAGACCAACACUUUCCAAAUGGUUUUGGCCACUGACGAGGUUUACACAUACGCUAUUUUCAAUUACGCCGAGCUGCAAUGGACGACGCAUACUGAGGCUGGAGGUGAUACCACGGGAGGAGAGGGUGGAACUCCGGCUUUUGUUGGCUUUAACGCUGGAAACGGAACCCAGAGCUAUGAAUACCACCCUUAUUCACAAGCGUCAACCUUGAGAGAUUUGUCCGGCCGAGGCUGGGCGAAUAAUUUCCCAGGGCGGCACAUUUUCCGACUUGACGAGAAAAUCAUGCUUGGCACGUGUAACAAAGAUAUCGCCGGAGCAAACUUGCCGUUGGUGUUUGCACCUGAGAGCGGCAACAUGUUAGGCGGCACGAUUGUCAACAUCACCGGUCCCUGUUUCGAGGAGCACGAAAAAAUCAUCUGCAGAUUCGACACGGAAGACGUGGUCGGCGUCUACGUGGACAGAAAUAGGGCGAUUUGCGUGCAGCCUUUUGUCAUGGCAGAAGGCUACGUGAGAUUUGAGGUGGCCAUUGGAGAUAACAAGUUUAACUGGAAGGGGAAAUAUUUCGUUGAAACCCCUGCCACCGCGACCGAAAAGAUCUCUUUCGCCACCAACGCCGUGCACGAGAAGAGCCCGUCCAAAGUUAAAAUCACCUGGAAUGCGUAUAACUUGACCUCCAACAUGCAAGCGAACGUGCAAAUUUCACUUUGGGGCUACAAGGAAACCACCAUUAGACCAGAGCUGCUCUACAUUACCAGGCUUGUCUCCUCCGUCACAAACCAAGGCUUUUAUGAACUUACGCCUGCUUCCUACAAAGAUUUCAACGACUUCAUGGUCAACGAUCUGAAAUUCGGCUUCAUUCAGAUCAAUUUGACUGAUCCCAUGACAUACGGUGAAAUGCCAGUAAAUCCGGUCCUCUGGAGUAAACCGAUUCCGCUGGCGUGGUACUUCUGGCCGCAGUGGGAGCGCGAGUACGGCCCUAAGUGGGCUGAAAAACAAUGCGACACUUGGACCAUGAACGAUCGCUACCUGAAGAACUUUGCCGCUGAAAUUCCGCUCUGCCCAUGCACCCUGGAGCACGCCCUGGCCGACAAAGGUCGCUUCCUGCCCGACUUUGACUGCGACAAGGACGCCAAUCCCAACUGCUUUUAUCACAAGGGCGCCAUCCAUUGCGUGAGGACAGGGGCACCAAGUUUGGAGGGAUCAGAACAACAGUGUUGCUACGACAAGAACAACUACUUGAUGCUUACGUACGACCAGCAGUGGGGCUCUCGACCUCACAGGUCACACAACCUUGGUUUCCUGCCCUGGAACGAGGCCAACAAAGUUCCGACCCUUUCGCACUGGUUCCACGACAUGAUUCCGUUCUACUCGUGCUGCCUCUGGCAAAGUGAGCAGUCGGUCGGGUGCGAGACCUACAGGUUCGAAAGACGACCUACGCAGGACUGCGUGGCCUACCAGGCGCCAUCAGUUGCCGCUGUUUUCGGUGACCCGCACAUCGUGACCUUUGAUGACCUGGAGUACACCUUCAACGGCAAAGGCGAGUUCGUCUUGGUGCACGCCGAUUCCGAGCGACAGAAAUUGGACGUCCAAGGGCGUUUCGAGCAGAUGCCUGAAAACUUUUACGGAGAAGUCAAGGCGACUCAGCUGACUUCCAUUGUUGCUAGGGACAACAGCUCAGCGACGAUCGAGGUGCGGAUGAGGCCCCCACAGGCCCAAUGGCGCUACCGAAUGGACGUUUUUGCCGACGGCAAGCGAGUUUAUUUUGACAGAUCGUCGUUGAAAAUCCAGCACUUCCCUGGAGUCACUGUCUACACGCCAACGUACAUUUUGAACCAAUCCGAAGUGGUGAUCAUGUUCCAAUCCGGUGCCGGCGUUGAGGUCGUGGAAAAUCAAGGCUACAUGACUGGCAGAGUUUACCUUCCGUGGGGUUUUAUGAACCAAACACGAGGGCUUUUUGGAAAUUGGAGUUUCGACAUAAUCGACGAAUUCACAUUACCAGAUGGAAGCGUAAGUGGAGCGACUCAAAUCAAUAACAACGAGGCCAUUCACAGAGACUUUGGAUUACGAUGGUUACUAGAGGACAAAGAAGAUAGUGAAAAAGGCGGGUCCUUAUUUGUGCACGAAUAUACAAGGACGUCAAGUUAUUAUGCAAAUCGGACGUUUGAUCCUGAAUAUCGAAUAAGACCGGAGGAUAUUCUACCGGCGAAUAGAUCGCAUGACAUAGACAAAGCGCACGAGUUGUGCGGCGACUCGUAUCAGUGCAAAUACGACUACGCCAUGACGCUGAACCGAGACAUGGCACUCAUUGGAAAGAAUUUCCACGAUUCUUUUGCAAACAUCAAAGCGGAAAAUUUAAGACCAGUAAUUUCGUGCGGCGUCUUGGAAACUCCUCGCUUCGGCCGCAAGAGUAACUUUUUCUUCAUACCCGGCACCAAAGUGACCUUCGAGUGUGACCAGGACUUUGUGCUCAUCGGUGACCAAAGGAGGCAAUGCACACCAUCCGGACAGUGGGACACGCCUGUGUACGGCUACACAGAAUGCCUCCGACACGUCGAGUACGAAUCGCGGCAGGCGUGGACAACCAUAGGCAUCAUCCUGGGCGUGAUGCUGCCCAUCCUCAUCAUCCUGGCCGGCGUCUGGUUGGCGUCGCAGCGAAAGAACAAACAGAGAAGACGCGGAAUCACUUCUUGGAAUUUCAUCAGAGGCCGAAAUGACGAGUCGUCGCCGGAAACGCCCUUGAAAGGUCGAAGCGAGUUUGCAGAGGAGGUGGACAGCGGUUUCGCACCGCCGAGCAGCACCAACAGUCCCUCGGCAAACACGGACACCCUUUCGCCCCCUGCGAGCACACCCUCGCCAAAGGUGAACGACGCCGCCUCCUCUUCCCCGCCAACCAGCACCCUGAGCAGCAGGGGCAGCAAAUCGAGACGGUCCUACGACAAGGUGUACCGGACAAAAGAACCUCUUCCCGGCAAGCCCAUGAUCGAGUUCGAGAACAAAGUUUGGGACUUGGACGAGGAGACGGACGCGAGUGCGAGUUGGUCGCCGUCGCCCAAGAACAGCGACGCGGCCAGCACGAUCCGCAGCUCGAUCCUCAGCACGCCCAUGCAGUCGCCUCGCGCCAGCCAAGUACCGCAACCUUUACCUCAACCCUCCACCUCGACCUACGCACCCGUCUACAACGAACCGAUCACGCCGACAGCACCCACCGCCACGGCACCGAAACCAAAGAAACAAACUCUCGUUUGACGCGCACAAAAGAGGAAUUUAAAAUUUCUGCACGGACUGCCAGUUUUUAAUUUUUUACUUAAUUUUAUAGUUAUUAGUUUCAUACUUUAGGGUGGAAUGAGUGUAUGAUGUGGCCUAGUGCAAAAUAUGACUUGCAACAAUGGCAGUAAAAUAGCUCAGACUUGCUUAAAUAUUUGACUAAAAAUUCUCCAGGCUUAAAAAUUGUAAAAAAAAUAUAUAAAUUUUUCCCUAGGUGUGAAAUGUAAAAAAAAAUGAAAACAGUGUUAACUAUAAUUCAGGAGAAAAGUAAAAACCGAUGAUCUGGGUAGCCACCCUUAACAUUUUGUAUUGUAGAAUUAUUUGUAUCAACGUUUUGAAACCACGCUCAUUCUACUUAUAUUUAGUCAAGCCAUCAAGAUUGUUUUCCUGAUAGAAAAUUUUUGUACCUUUUUCGAGUUUCAUACAAAUAAACCACUGUCUAAGUUACACUUUAAAACUCGGCGUCUCGGAGUGGAGCAAAUUUCUAUUCCACACUUUUGUGCGCGUCCAACCGGUGGAUAAUAACUGUCAUGCCGCUUGGCUUCUUUCUGCCAUUGCAAAACCCUCUGCUUGGUGUGUGGAAUGGAAAUUUUUCCAGCUCUUGAAAUUUUAACAAUGGAAAUAUUUC